AGAAAAAUGGCAUGGGCCAUGGAGAAGCUGGAUGGUGGAAACAGCAGUUUGUUAACGCCGACGUCGAUCGAAACGGUUCCCUCUCCUUUGAUGAGUUCAAAGAUUUUUUGCACCCAGAAGACAGUGACAACGAAGAAAUCAAGAAAUGGCUACUCACAGAAAAACUAGAGCGAAUGGACUAUGACAAAGAUGGGAAACUAAGUUUUGUAGAGUUUUGUGACCAUACUUAUGAUAUUUACAAGAACUAUGUUGAGUAUGAAACUGCCGGGCGUCGUGUGCCAAAACCUGAAGAGAAGUUUUCAGAGCUUGAUUUGGACAAGGACAGAUUCUUGACAGUGGAGGAACUGAUUCCCAUACUCGGUUACCUUCACCCUGGAGAACUGUCGUAUGCCAAAUAUUAUGCCAGUUAUUUGAUUCAUGAGGCUGAUGAUAACAAGGAUGGGAAUUUAACACUUGAAGAGAUGCUCAACCACGAGUAUAUUUUCUAUAGCACAGUCUAUGAUGAUAGCCAUGAGAAUUCUGAGGAUGAUUUGCAUGACGAAUUAUGA